AUGGAACGGCGGAACAACGCGUUGUGCGACGACAUGCUCGAGCCGUUGCCACCGCCACCCGCACCUCGUGCCCCUCCGGACGCCCGUUUCCUCCACUUCGCUCGACAUCGGGACAUCCACAGUAUCCCAAAUGAAUGCAAAGAUGAGCUCCUGAUGCCGCUGUCUCUUCCACACGCUCACCCGCUGUCGACAAUUAGCUGCGAAGGCACACGAAACAUCGGGAGAGAACCGACAAGAGACGGUGCAGCAAUUGACAAGAACGAGAACAUACUCGAUCAACGAUCAGGUUUUACCGGUAAUAAAGGGUUCGAGCUGCCAGUUUUAAGCCACGAACAGGUGCUGGUGUCAGCGAAAAAGGCCACUGUAUCUCAAAAGAGUGACAUCCUGGAUGCCCCAAAGACAGAGCAUUCCAGUAGCCCCGAAUCGACUCGUGAGGAUGCAAUAAUGGCAUUGAAGCUGCCGCAACAGCAACUGAAGAAGAUGGAGGCGGUGCUUGAGACGGUCUCACUAAGCGAAGAGGAAAAGAUCAUUGCUGCAACGGAAGCUAGUGCGAGACGUCAUGACUUAUUGGAACUUGCUCGUCUAGCAGCGAGUGAGAGCAAGUGGCCGAGCAAAAGUGGGGAAGGCUGUGAUAGUGCAUUGGCACGAGCUGGAAAGAGAAGAGUGGGGAAGCAGCUGAGUGCCAAGUGGGUCCAGACGCGACGGGACCCUUCGAAUCGUCCCAAGGGGCCACUUGAACGACCAGAAGAGAGGGACCUGCGAGAGACGCUGUUUCGGACUACAGCGCGUAGUUUGCGACGCUCGGGUGUGCUCUUUGACGAAGCUGAUGCUGCACGAAACGCUUCGUUUGCACCGAUGAGCAGCGCUCAACUUCCUGUGAUCUCGAAGGGAAUCGUUGGAUUAGCAGGAUGUUGUUUUGAAAGAAAGGACUGGGCACGAGUAGCGGCUACUUUAGGAUAG